GCCUACUAGCAACAGAGCUGCAAGCAGAGUGGCAGUGUGAGUCGUACCGAGAGUUGAAGCACACAUAGCCAUCUCUCUCGUUGUUUCUCCACGUAAGCUUUUUGUAGCACUAGCUUUCUAGUUGCAACGAUGGGGUUCAUCAGCGGCGAGGAGCUCGCCGUGACGCUGGCGCCGGUGGCCGUGUACUGGCUCUACUCGGGGAUCUACGAGGCGUUGGGGAGCGUCAGGGCUCUGGACAGGUACAGGCUGCACUCGAGGAGGGACGAGGAGAGCAAUAACAUGGCGUCCAAGAAGGAGGUGGUGAAGGGCGUGCUGCUGCAGCAGGCCAUCCAGGUCGCCAUCUCACUUGCCGUGCUCAAGCUGACAAGUGAGAAAGACGGUGGCGCCGGCGACGUCAAGGCCGGUCACGCGAGCGCCCCGGCAGCGGCGCCAUCGUCGUCGUCGGCGGCGGCGGCGCUACUGGACGUGGCGGCGCGGUUCGGGGUGGCCAUGUUCGUGCUGGACGCGUGGCAGUACUUCGCGCACCGGCUGAUGCACUCGAGCCGGUACAUGUACCGUCGGUUCCACUCGUGGCACCACCGCGUCGUGGCCCCCUACGCGUUCGCGGCGCAGUACGGCCACCCCGUGGACGGCGUGCUCACGGAGGCGCUCUCCGGCGCCGCCGCGUACCUCGCCUCGGGCCUGCCCCCCCGCGCCGCGGCCUUCUUCCUCGCGUUCGCCACCGUCAAGGGGAUCGACGACCACUGCGGCCUCCUGGUGCCCUGGAACCCGCUGCACGCCGCGUUCGCCAACAACACGGCCUACCACGACGUGCACCACCAGCUCAGCGGCGGCCGGCGCAACUUCUCGCAGCCGUUCUUCGUGGUCUGGGACCGUCUGCUCGGCACGCACGCCGGCUACACCGUCACCGCGCGGGAGAGGAACAACGGCGGCGGCCUCGAGGCCAAGCCGAUCUGCAACGAUCGCCACGUUCUCCUGUAAUGUCAACCUGUUUUUGCUGAGACUUUGUUUGUAGCUACCAGCCGUAGUGUCCGUCAC